GGGAACUCCAACCUGUAAAUCCGAGCCUGCGGAAGGUGAAAAUCUGCGACCCGGGACAGGCCGUACGAUUCCAGACGGACUCCAACGGUCAGGAAAAACCGGUAGCCUUCCACGGGCUUGUAGGAAAGUCGUUCCGGCCACCGGAGCUGCAUGAGCACAAGCCCUACCUCGCGACGAAGGUGGACUCCUGGUGUUUGGGCUGGAGCACGUUUUAUCUACUCACGGCACAGCCGCUCUUCAUGAGUGCCGACCCCGCCCUCAAGGACAGUGAUUGGCAGCUCUUCAAGAGCGGGAAGUUCGAUGAGCUCUUUAAGACCAAGUCGCCCAACUUCUCGCCAACUGGCAUUGACUUCAUCUUCAAACUGCUGCAGUUUGAGCCUUCCAAGCGGAUGUCCAUCGCAGAUGCCUGCAGCUUGGCUUGGUUGAACGAUGCCAGUGUCCAGCCAGUUUCUGCACCGAAGGACCUGAUCCCCGAUACCUUGCUUCGAACGAUCGAGGCCCAGGCGCAAGCACCAGUGAAGCCUGCCCCGCCUCCCGUGGAGCGGAAUGACUUCAUGGGAGGUUCCCUUUCCGCCAGCACCGGCAUCCCCUCCAUGACGGCCUCCCUGGGAGCUCCCACGGUCGCCUCGCCCAUGAGGCCGAUGACCCACACGCUGCCGACUUGGUCAGCUGCGCCUAUCCAAGGUGCCGGGGGGAUCGUGCCAUUUCAUGGGUGGAUCGUGAACAAGGCUGUGCUCAAAGCUCUUCCCGUGCAUGACGUAUAG